GAAUUUUGCCCACCCUACUUACUAUCUUUCGUGAGGGUCCAUUCCACAUGAUGUCGUUUACGUAUUACGAGAAGCCAGUCUGCUGCCGUUUCAGGGAUCAAACCAUUCAUGCUUCUCUUAAGCUCUGUGAACUCAAUUUUCAGUCCAAAGUUCCAAGGCACACCAUGCUCUGCAUGUAGCUGAAUAUAGAUGGGAUCAAACCCCAAUUUCAUCACUUUGAUAGCUUUCUGCAAUCAGAUGCUCCAAAUCCUCUCGUCUUUCUCAUGCUUGAGAGCCCACAUCAAACAGGUUCCUUUGCUUUCCUCUCUCUUCUCAGCACUUUCCACUAACUACCACUUUUCCACUGUCAGGUUUCUCUUAGACCCUCCAUCACCAUCACACUUAGGAACCCAAACAAACCAAACCCACUUCGACCCAACUCCUUCUGUUUGCUGCUUCUCUGGUAUUUCUCAAUCUGUUAUAUCUAGAUGUUCACAUAUUUUAGAAAAGAAUAUCAAAGGGAAAAACUUUGCUGAUGCUUCUAUUAAAGACCUCCUUUUGGAGAUUUCGGAUAUUGUUCCUGAAUAUACGCGUAGAUUUCGGCGAGUUUCGGUGCUGAAACCUGAUGAUGUGCUUGAGUUAUUACUGGGUUUUCAAUUUGAGUGCUCCAAAGUUGGAUAUGAAGCUAGAAAGGUUGAACCUUUGUGGGAGUUAUUCAAGUGGGCUAAUGGACAAGGCAAGAGUUUUAAGCAUCUUCCUCAGUCCUGCGAGGUCAUGGCUUCUAUACUUGUCCGCGUGGGAUUGCUUAGGGAAGUUGAAUUGUUGCUUUCUACAAUGGAGAGUCAAGAAAUUUCAUUGGAUGGUCAUGAAAUUUUCAGUGAUUUGAUAGAAGGAUAUGCUGGUGCUGGUGAAUUAGAGAGGGCCAUCUCGAUAUAUGAUCAAAUAAGAAAGCGAGGUUUAGUCCCAUCAUUGUCUUGUCUCUGUGUUCUUCUGGAUCAUCUAGUUGGGGAGAAGAAAACGCUAUUGGCCUUUCAAAUUUGCUUGCAUAUGGUUGAGAAUUAUAUUGGUGCAAGUGCUAUGCCAAAAACUACUCUUGAUAAUGUCACCAGAUUACUUUGUGCAGAGGCAAAGAUUCAAGAAGCAAGAAACCUUGUGAAGAAGGCUAUGGCUUCUGGCUUCAAGGUUAGUGACUUUAUCCUUAAUGAAGUUGCCUAUGGUUAUUGUGAAAAGAGGGACUUUGCAGAUAUUCUGAGUUUCUUUGCUGAAAUAAAAUGUGAACCGGAUAUCUCGGCUGGCAAUAGGAUUAUACAUUCUUUAUGUAGUUUUUAUGGCACUGAAAGGGCAGAAUUAUUUGUGCAUGAACUAGAACAUUUAGGUUUUAUUCCUGAUGAGAUAACUUUUGGCAUUUUGAUUAAUUGGAGUUGUCGUGAAGGAAAACUAAAAAGUUCCUUCAUUUAUCUGUCAGAGAUGUUCUCAAGAGGACUAAAACCCCACAUAUGUUCUUACAAUGCUCUUAUCAGCGGGUUGUUUCAGAAGGGUAUGUGGGAGCAUGCCCGGGUGGUUUUUGAUGAAAUGGUAGAAAGGGGGACAUCACCUGAUAUAUGGACUUAUAAAACCCUUUUAGCAGGCUAUUGUAAAGCUAGACAAUUUGAUGAAGUAAAAAUGACAGUUUGCAAGAUGGAAAACUGUGGUUUAAUUCAGAACUCUUCACUGGAGGAUAAACUGUCAAAAGCAUUUCUUGUUUUGGGGCUCAAUCCAUUAGGCGUGAGGUUGAAGAGGGAUAAUCAUGUGGGAUUUUCUAAAACAGAGUUCUUUGAUAAUCUAGGGAAUGGACUUUAUUUAGAUACAGACCUGGAUGAGUAUGAGAGAAGAAUUACAGCGAUUCUAGAAGAUAGCGUGCUUCCUGAUUAUAACGCACUUGUAAUGAAAGAUUGUGAUCAUGGAAACUUGGAAGGUGCAGUGAUGUUGUUAGAUGAAAUGGUUCACUGGGGGCAGGAAUUGUCUCUGUCUGUCUUUUCUGCUUUACUUAAAGGGCUUUGUGCGUCCCGAUACCAUAUCAAGGCAAUUGCAGAUGUUUUGGAGAGAAAGCUGCAGUUGGUUGAUCAACUUGAUCAAGAAACUCUAAAUUUACUUGUCCAAGCAUAUGGCAAAAAAGGAUUGACAUACAAUGGGGUGAGACUUUUUCAUGGGAUGUUUCAAAGAAAUCUAAAAAUUAAGAAUGAGACUUAUACUGCCAUGAUAACAAGUUUAUGCAAGAAAGGAAACUUGAGAGACUUCCACUGUUGCUGGGAUAUUGCUCGAGAGGAUGGAUGGAUACCAGGGCUGAAGGAUUGUACAGUUCUUGUGCAAUGCCUUUGCAAGAAAGAAAUGGUUAAGGAAGCACUACAGCUUCUUGAAAUAAUGCUGGUAACUUACCCUCACUUAAGGCCAGAUGUAUGUCAUGUGUUCCUUGGAAAUCUUAGUGCUGCAAAUUUCACAAUAAUUGCACACAUAUUGCUGGAAGAACUUAAACAACGGGGCUGCAUCAUUGAUAAUAUGGCUUAUAGCCACAUUUUAAGAGGAAUGUGUAAGGAGAAAAAAUUCUCUGUAGCCUUUGAAAUAUUGGACAAUAUGCUGGCCAAACAUUUGGCCCCAUGUUUGGAUGUUUGUGUCCUAUUAAUUCCUCAGCUGUGUAGGGCUGGUAGACUUGACAGAGUUAUUGCGUUAAAAGAGAUUGGUUUCAGGGACGAAUCGUUUUUACUUUCUAUGGAUGAUGCAUUAAUAAAAGGGUUUUGCCUGGCAGGGAAGGUUGAAGACGCAGCCACUUUAUUCCAUGAAAUGUUGUCAAGGGGACUACUUCCAGAUGCAGAAAUUUAUGACAUUCUGGUCCAAGGGUUUUCCAGAGGUAACAACUUGAGGAAAGUUUGGGAGUUUCUUGGUGUCAUGAUAAGAAGAAACUUUAACCUUUCAAUCUCAACUUACCGGAAGUUAGCAUGCUUGAUGUGUAUGGAGGGCAGAGUCCAUCAUGCAUUAAGUUUGAAGGAGCUCAUACUUGACCAAAGCAAGCUUCAUGACAUUACCAUAUAUAACGUUCUGGUUUUCUGUCUUUUCUCAACUGGGAACAAUUUUCUUGUCAAUAAUGUUCUAGAUGAUUUGCAAGAGAAUAAUAUUCUACCAGAUGAAGUCACUUAUAAUUUUCUUGUUUAUGGGUUUUCUCAAUGUAAAGAUGUGAAAAAUACCAUGCACUAUAUGUCUACUAUGAUCUCAAAGGAACUUACGCCAAGCAAGCGCAGCCUGAGAGCAGCUAUUGUGAACCUGUGUAAUACUAGGGAGCUCGAGAAAGCCUUGGAGUUGAGUCGAGAAAUGGAGCUAAGAGGGUGGGUCCAUGAUUCAAUUAUUCAAAAUGCAAUUGUUGAGGGCCUUCUUUCUGAUGGUAGGCUUCAAGAAGCAGAAGCUUUUCUGGACAGGCUUGUGGAUAAAUGUCUAAUUCCUGAGAAUAUCAAUUAUGAUAAUCUAAUAAAAAGUUUUUGCCAGCGUGGAAGAUUGAAGAAGGCAGUUACUCUCCUAGACAUAAUGUUGAAGAAAGGCAAGCUUCCAAAUUUGACAAGUUAUGAUUCAUUAAUUGGUUCUUUCUGUGCAGAUAAUAAGUUGGACAAAGCUUUAGAUUUUCAUACUGAGAUGUUGGAUAGAAAUCUCAAGCCAAGCACCAAUACAUGGGGCAUGCUUGUGCAUAAUUUGUGCCAGGAUGGACGAACAGCAGAAGCAGAACGGGUUUUGAAUUCUAUGAUUCACAUUGGUGAAACUCCAUCCCAGGAGAUGUACUCUUCUGUAAUUAAUAGGUAUCGCGCUGAAAACAAUCUCAGGAAGGCCUCGGAUCUCAUGCAAGCAAUGCAACAAAGCGGUUAUGAACCAGAUUUUGAGACACAUUGGUCUCUCAUAAGCAAUUUAAGCAAUUCUGGUGAAAAGGAUAUCCAUGACAGUGGCCGAGGCUUCCUACAGAGGCUUCUUUCUGAAAGUGGAUUUUCUUGGAAAACCGAUUCCAAGGCCAAACUAGGGUAACACACAUUGAAUUGAAAGAAUACAUUCAGUCAUUCAGUGAUCAGUUCAUGUGCUUUUUUCUAAUGCCUUUAAUUAGUUAUCUCUACAUUGAGUUGGUUUUCAUGGCCAUUAUUUUGAUUGGUUUUAAUUAGAACUAGCAUUACACAAAACGUCACCAGUAAUGAAAAUGUAUAUGAUAUAUUCCCCGGAAGAGCUGUAAAAGCGUCUGGAAACUCCAAUAAUAAAUGCAAUAGUUUCAAGUAGAAAGACAUUAUGACUUUGUCUUUCUUAACAA